CAUUUUACACCUCGAGCUCAGUUGCAUUGCAUUUCCAAUCUCGAAGACUGCGUAAGUGGUUGGCUGGUAAAAAGUUGUGAUUCGGCACCAAAGUUUGGGUCAAUUGCUUUGCAAUUGUAAAUCGUAUCCCACAGUCCACCAGUGAACUUCCCAGCAAGGCAGCAGUAGAGCAAAAAGGGUAUCGACACGGUCCGUCACGAGAGAACGAGAUAGAAAAUGUCGAAUCUUAAGAAAAUCAGCGAUGAGGACCGCGAGUCCAAAUUCGGAUACGUCUUCGCCGUAUCUGGUCCUGUCGUGACGGCGGAACGUAUGUCCGGAUCGGCUAUGUACGAGCUGGUACGUGUCGGUUACUACGAGCUGGUGGGUGAGAUUAUCCGAUUGGAAGGCGACAUGGCAACCAUCCAGGUAUACGAGGAAACAUCGGGUGUCACCGUCGGUGAUCCCGUCCUGCGUACCGGCAAGCCACUGUCCGUGGAACUUGGACCAGGUAUCAUGGGAAGCAUCUUCGACGGUAUCCAGCGUCCCCUGAAGGACAUUAACGAGAUGACCAGCUCGAUCUACAUUCCGAAGGGUAUCAACGUGCCGUGUCUGUCGCGUACGCAGAGCUGGAGCUUCAACCCGCUGAACGUGAAGGUUGGCUCGCACAUUACCGGUGGAGAUCUGUACGGUCUCGUGCACGAGAACACGCUCGUCAAGCACAAACUGAUGGUGCCGCCCCGCGCCAAGGGUACGGUCAAGUACAUCGCACCGCCCGGCAACUACACCGUCGACGAUGUGAUCCUGGAGACCGAGUUCGAUGGUGAGAGCAGCAAAUUCACCAUGUUGCAGGUGUGGCCAGUACGUCAGCCGCGUCCAGUGACGGAGAAGCUGCCAGCGAACCAUCCGCUGCUGACUGGUCAGCGUGUGCUGGAUUCGCUGUUCCCUUGCGUCCAGGGUGGAACCACCGCCAUUCCCGGUGCUUUCGGUUGCGGCAAGACUGUCAUCUCGCAGUCGCUCUCGAAGUACUCCAACUCGGACGUCAUCGUGUACGUCGGUUGCGGUGAGCGUGGUAACGAGAUGUCUGAGGUACUGCGUGAUUUCCCCGAGCUGUCCGUCGAGAUCGAUGGUGUGACUGAGUCCAUCAUGAAGCGUACCGCGCUGGUAGCCAACACCUCCAACAUGCCUGUUGCUGCCCGUGAAGCUUCCAUCUAUACCGGUAUCACCCUGUCGGAGUACUUCCGUGACAUGGGCUACAACGUGUCCAUGAUGGCUGAUUCCACCUCCCGUUGGGCCGAAGCUCUGCGAGAAAUUUCCGGUCGUCUGGCUGAGAUGCCGGCCGAUUCCGGCUACCCAGCUUACCUCGGUGCCCGUCUGGCUUCCUUCUACGAGCGCGCCGGUCGCGUCAAGUGUCUCGGUAAUCCGGAGCGUGAGGGUUCGGUUUCGAUCGUCGGUGCCGUCUCACCGCCCGGUGGUGAUUUCUCCGAUCCCGUCACUUCCGCCACACUCGGUAUCGUGCAGGUGUUCUGGGGUUUGGACAAGAAACUGGCCCAGCGUAAGCACUUCCCGUCGAUCAACUGGUUGAUCUCUUACAGCAAGUACAUGCGCGCCCUUGAUGACUUCUACGACAAGAACUUCCCCGAGUUCGUGCCGCUGCGUACCAAGGUCAAGGAGAUCCUGCAGGAGGAGGAAGAUUUGUCCGAAAUUGUGCAGCUCGUCGGUAAGGCUUCGCUCGCCGAAACGGACAAGAUCACCCUUGAGGUUGCCAAGCUGCUGAAGGACGAUUUCCUGCAGCAGAACUCGUACUCGGCGUAUGAUCGCUUCUGUCCGUUCUACAAGACAGUCGGUAUGCUGAAGAACAUGAUCGGCUUCUACGAUAUGGCUCGCCAUGCCGUGGAAACGACUGCACAGUCCGAGAACAAGAUCACCUGGAACGUGAUUCGUGACGCGAUGGGCAACAUCCUGUACCAGCUGUCGUCGAUGAAGUUCAAGGACCCCGUGAAAGACGGUGAACCGAAGAUUAAGGCCGAUUUCGAUCAGCUGUACGAAGACAUGCAGCAGGCAUUCCGUAACCUAGAGGAUUAAGGUGGCACGCAUCUCCGUGCGAGGAAGAAGCGUGUGCCAGCAUACAAGAAGCAAAGUCGGAGAGGGUAGAGUGUGUACUACUAUUUGUAAGAUUAUUUUACCAUAUUGCCAGCUAUUCCACCCGACGGGGGCGUACCUUUUGGGGAGAGGUGCGCCCCUUGGGCGCUGGCGUAUCGUGAAAUACGACACAAGAAGAACCACGAUAAGAGAGACGUUAUAUAUAGAUACUAUAUGUACACACAUGCACAGGUGCAACAUGUAACAAGUAUUCCACAUGCGGUAGAUAUAGUAAUGUCGUUCUGCGCCGUGCGGAGGGACACGAAGGAUACACGGAACUAACAACAGCAUUAACAUCAGCGUAAAAAAAGGGGAUAACUACAAACGUGUGUGUCCAUCGUGUGCAUCCGUCGGAUGCGUGAGAAUGUUUUAAUUUGGUUUGUUAUAAAGAAGUAAACGCAAGAAACGGCAGAAGAUGUGGCCUACGAAACCCAUCUACCGGGCAAUGCCAUCGUUCGUCCUCGUUCGAGCAAACGUCAAACAGAAUAGGCAAACUGUUCGUACUCCUUUCUUUCUCUGCUCCCUUAAUCUCUCUAUCGGUUGCCGGUUGUUGCCGUGGCGACGGAUAUCAACCAACGUCGGCAUGCUAGGCGUUUAGGAUUGUUCAUCACAAAACAAAAAAGUGGUCUAGAAAGUACAAUUUAAAUCCCAUCCUGUACUUUGUGUGUGUGUGUGUGUAAAAACGAAGGGGAUCACAAAUCCAAAUGCAUCAUGCACCACCGGCAGCGGCCCGUGCACCGCCAGAGGGAAAGGGUGUAACCCGUGGAACGGUAGGCGGAAUUAAUGUCGCAAAACGUACAAUAAGGAGAGCCAACUUAUGUUAUGUUGCUAUAUAUAUUGUUUUUUUUUGUUUCAAUUUAAUAUUCUUGUAGAAAUUGUAAACCACGUAGCGGUGGCAUAGUGUCGCUAAAAGAUAUAAGAAACAUAUAUACAUAUAGAGCUAUUAAGCAUGAUUACAACAAACAAACAAACAAACAAAAGAAAAAGUCUUUUACAAUCGGCAAGUGUUAAUGGAGUGUUGAAGUUGGCGGUAAAAGGAUCGUAGGGAGGCGUACAUAAAUGAGUUGUAAAACUUAAAGAAAAAAAAAACCUAGAACGAGAAUAAUUCUUCACUACUGUUAAGCCGUACCGAAAGAGUCAAGUCGUUCU